AUGGGCCCCCGCACCGUGGUCCACGAGCACCAGGGCGCCCCCGCGGCCGCCGCGCCCCUGGAGGCGCCCGCCGCCGCCGCAUCCUCCAUCCCAGACGGGCCGUGCGCGGCGCAGGCGCGGGCCUUUGCGGACUGCAUCCAGCGCAGUGGCGGCGACAUGGGCGCGUGCCAGUCCUACAUGGACGUCAUGCAGCAGUGCAAGUUCAACAACCCCUCCUUUGCUUGA